AAAGAAGUUUCGUAAACUCGCGGUCGCGAAUCGUUCGGAUAGAUACCUAUAGUACAGUUGUAUAUUAUAAUAUACGUUAAGUAGUACUUGAGUCCUAAAAAAAUAGUAAAAUAAUGUAAUCACGAGAACGGCGUUGGCAAAUAGCAAUAAUAAAAAUAAUUAUAGUAUAGGCAUUCGAUUUGACCGCCGCCCACCCAUAGUCCCCACCGACGGCGCGGUACAGCGGUUGCGGUACACGUUUCAGCAGUGUAUCGGUUGAGGUCACCGCGACCACCAGUGAGCCCAAACUGCGAAACGUCACCGCGGUUACGGUAGUUCAACGUCUCUACCGCCAACGGCUUUCGCAGACCCGAAAAGGACAUAAUAUUCGGUUUACACAGUAUUGGGUUUUCGUCGAGAGAGGUGCCGAGUUCUGCCGCUGGCCGACCACGACCAUGGACGUGCGGACGAUCAUCGACCCAUCAGCGCGAACGGAAACGAUUUUCUAACUACCAACGACAACGUCGCCGUACAAAUAUAGAUCUCGGCGGAACAUUGGCGCGGACGACGAUCGACGACCGCUGCGGCGCUGCGCGGGUUGCUCGGGCGUUCGCGCGGCAGGGCCACAUUGGAAAACAGCUGCCGCCGCCGCCCGUGAUUCUAUGGUGGGCAGGGGGAGUAGUGGACCGCGCGCGCAGUCAGCUAGUCGGCAGUCGCGAUCAGCUGAUAAUCACGCAGCUCUGUUAACACCCAGAGACCCUUGUGACUUUCGUUCAGCUGCUGGAUAUAAAUGGCCGUAUUCCUGUUAAACGAAUGUAAAUUCAACAACUGCGGUUUGUGCUUCAAAAACCUUUACGAUCUCAUCCAGCACAUCGAAGACAAUCACAUAGAUACUGAUCCUAAACCGAUUGAGCUGAUUGAUCGCACUGAACAACAAUGCUUGCCGCUCAGUUGUGUUAUGCGGUUUUUCAGCGAGAAUGUAAACAAAACCGACAUCGAACCAGCAGAACCGGUCAUUCAGCCCAAAACCAGUAUUUUACCACCAGCACCCAACAUAUUCCAUCGACCAUUAAGAACUGGUUAUGAAUCUGAUAAAGGAGAAGCUGAAAAUCUUGAUCAUAUUGGUGACAGCAGUGACUCAUGGUCUACUACAUCAGAUGCAAUCGAUGACGCUCAUAAAAAUGGUUCUAAUUCACAACAGAAAGUUAAGAUUGAGCAGCCAAUAAGACCAUUUGCUUGCCCAAUUCCGGGUUGUACUAAAAGGUAUAAAAAUGUUAAUGGAAUAAAGUAUCAUGUUAAAAAUGGACAUACGAACGGCAAAGUUCAUAAGAAGUACAAAUGUCACUGCGGCAAAAGUUAUGUGUCUAUUCAAGGACUCAAAUCGCAUGCAAAUGGUAUGCAUGCUGGCACCAAGAUGACAUGGCUAACAAUGCACAACGGUGAAACUAUUCAGGUGCCUGCCACUCCACUUUCACCUGAUACUGUGCCCAUGCGUGCAGUCACGUUAAAACACGUGCCACGCACCACUGCAGAUGCAAACCUGCCACCUAAAACAUUAGUCAUCACCAAACCUCCUCCGUCCAACAUUGAACCUCCCAUUGUUGAAUCAUAAUAAUAAUGCAGGGGAAGUUUAUGAAAACCGUAUUCCUAUAUAGUAAAAAUUACCAGGAGUUCCAAAAGUCAGUCGUCAUAUUUAAUGUCUUGUCGCUUGAUUUUUUUUUUUUAAUUUGAAGUAAUUAUUUUAGUUUAUUAUACUUACACAAACAUUGUUUGUUAAUAAAUAAAUAAAUAAAAACGAAUGUUUGAGUGUGUAAUAUUCAGGAAAUAUGUUUAGUACUGUCUUGUGUAGUUGGAUGUCUAGGACUAAAGCAUUUUUAAAGCUUGUGCAUUCGUAUUUUAUAUUUUAUGUCGAGCUGUGUAUAGUGUAUGUUACCUUAAAGACUUGAUUUCUGUUAAAAGAGUCAAAUAUUGUUAACAAUAAAGUUAUAUAUUUAAAAUAAAUAAAAAAUUAAUAAACUGUUA